AAAACCCGGUUGCUUCUCCUUCCAUACAACCAAAAAGCUGCACAAUCAUCUUAAUUCUUUUUCUUAACCACAAUUAUCCCUGCCAUCUAAUUAAUUAUCCCCAAAACCAUCCCUUAGUCCAUCAUAAUUAUCAUUCCAUAUAUUAGACAAAAAAUGGUCCUAAACAAAAAUGCCAUAGGAGCCAUCAAUUUGGUAGCUUUACUACUCUCAGUCCCAAUCAUAGCCACAGGAAUAUGGCUAAUGACCCAAGCAGAAAUCUCAUGCCUAAACCUCUUGAACUGGCCAGUCAUAGCCUUAGGAAUUGCAAUCUUAGUGGUAGCUAUUUUUGGCAUUGUGGGUGGCUUUAGGAAAAUCCAACCACUUAUGGUCAUUUAUUUUGUGGCCAUGUUGGUUUUGAUGGUUUUGUUGGGUGCUUUGGUUGCGUUCGUGUUUAGCGUCACGUCUCAUGGUUCGGCUCACCGCGAGCCGAACCGAGCCUACUUGGAGUACCGGUUCGACGACUACUCGGGUUGGCUUGGACGCCAAGUCCACGGUCGCGUUCGGUGGGCCCGGGUUUGGAAGUGCUUGAGCUCUUCAGAUGCUUGUGUGAAAUUGAACCAAACUUUUCAUAAUGCUCAAGAUUUCUUCAAUGCUCCUCUUUCUCCCGUUCAGUCAGGAUGUUGCAAGCCACCAACAGAAUGCGGGUACACUUACGUAACCCCAACAUAUUGGAUAAGUCCGAUAAACAUGACAGCAGACAAAGAUUGCUUGGCAUGGAGCAAUAAUGACCAGCUUUGUUAUGGGUGUGAUUCAUGCAGGGCUGGAAUGCUUGCUAGCCUUAGAAAGGAAUGGAGGAAGGCUGGUUUUGUUCUUCUUGCCACACUGUUCUUCCUGGCUUGUGUCUGUGUUGUCGGAUUUUGUGUGUUUAGAAGAUCCCAAACUGAUGAGCUUUUUAGGAAAUAUAAACAAGGCCAACAUUCUAGUUCUUACACUUAAAAAUUACUCGGUAAGAUGUUGCGUUAAGAAAAAUUUGCUUCAUAU